UAUAGCCACGCCGGGUACACAAAUGUGAAUGGCCAGAUGUAUGCAUGCUGGAACAGCGGCAGUCGCCGGUGCAGCGUCGCCGCCACAAUGCCCUUGUCCAGCACAAGCUUGUCUUGCGGUGGUGAUCUAUGCAGAAUUCAGAACUGGCUGUCAUUAGCAAUUUCGUCGGGCGGUCGUGCGCCUGUGUUUGUCUCCACAGGAGCUCUGCAUGCUGGCCACGUCCCAUGCACUGAAACUUACGACGACAUCAGUAAUAGCUGCUCAAAUGAGAAGUCAGAACUGGCAAGAUAAAUAAUAUUCUGG